AUGAUUUUCCUCUUUUCAUGGAUUCUGGACAGCAUUCCUAGUGAUUCCAAUCUAAUUGACUGCCUUUUUCAAGGAGUUAUAGCUGCAUGUGGAGUGUCAGUACUGUGCAGCCUGAUGAGAGUGUACUAUUUCACUCAAAUGUACAGUAAUUCCGAAACAGAUAGCAAGGAGACGACUCAAUCAUCAAGUAACCCAUUGAGCGCGAAGUGGAGAUCAUCAAUCCAUUUCUGGGCUUUAACUGGCAUCCUGUCUGUGGUUGGCCCAAGGCUUUCUUCUUUGAUUGUUCUGGAAUUUUCUCUGCGAGUCGUCUCUGCUUGGGUGUCAGCACGAUUGGAUGCUGGUGGCAGGGAUCUAGGGGUUAUCCUCAUCCAAAGCCACUUUUCCCUGGGUUGCAGCAUCACCUGCUCCCUGUACUUUCUCCACCAGGGAGCCCCACAUAGCUCCCUUAGCUUAUUUCUGGCCGCUGCCCUCAGUUGGGCGCUGGCAAGCUGGUCCAACUCCCUAUGGAGACAUGUUGGACGACUCUACUCGCUGCACAGUAAAGAGCGCUACUGUGGAAGGUGCAUCACCCUCCUGUCUUCAGGCCACACCUUGCUGGCAUUUCUGCAGAGACUGGUUAUUUUGGUCUUUGCAGUGGCGGUUGUAGCCUCAUUCGCCACAGUUUAUGACCACUUCCUGUCCCAGAAAGAGGCGCUCAAGUUUUGGACUCCCCUUACUCUUUGUUACACAAUGCUGGUGGUCUAUAAUCAAGAGGAUCAGCAACGUCAAAUGGGCGCAGAAGCCCUAUUGCACACUGUUGUGCUGCGCCUGGGCGCUCUGCUGGUCCUGAUGCUGACCGUGGGAAACUGGUCUGAUGUAGUCCACGUCCUUUUCACUUUCCUGGGCGAGGGUGUCUGCCUCCUCUUCUCUCAAGACUUAUUACAUUUUGUGUUAAAGGAUGAAGAGGACCCCAAUAUGAACAAAUAUAUGCAAAGCUCAAGUUACAGAAAACGGGAGCAUACAAGUGGCUCAUCAUCAAAAAGCAGCUAA